GGCGGCCGUGGCGGAUGAUGAUGUGCUGGCCAGGAUGAAGCACCACGUGCGGGGGGUGCUGGCAAACCUCAGCGCUAUGAUGCCUUGCUUUUCCCUGGGUGGCUACAAACUUCCCAAAGUCACAGGUAAAAAAAGCAGCACCGCCAAAAGCCCUUCCAGGCUGUCACCCCCUCCCCACGCUCUCUGCAUCCUGGGUGUCUUCUCCUCCCCAGUUUCCCACCACGACACAGAAAUCCCCUUCAACCCCAGCUUCAUCGAGCCACCGUCGGCUGCGUGGGUCUCAGACAGCUCCUUCUCCUCCUCCUUCGACACUGACAACGAGGGACCUGAGUACUCUGUCCCUCCUAGAGAAGGCGUCCCACUGCUGGGGGGGGCCGAGCUGCAGGACGGGACGUCCCCCCCCGGCGAGGUGCUCCCAGACCCGUCUGCCUUUGACUCGGAGGAUGUCUCGCAGCCCUUCGCCAUCCCCCGCACCUCCAGCAUCGCCAAGGCCAAGCGGCCCUCCGUGUCCUUCGCUGAGGGGACGAAAUUUGGAGCGGCAGAGACCCCCAGCCCCGGGCGUAAGCCCAAGACCCCAUGGGGCCCAUCCAAGCUGUCCUCACCACUGGGGGACACGGCGGCUGAGUCCCCCACUGAACGGCCAGCCAGUGAUUGCUACGAGAGCCCAGAGCCCCUCGGCAAGGUGGAGGAAAGCCACCGGCCAUCGCCCCGGGCCACCCCAGGGGGACGCCGGCAGGGGGUCUCCAGCACCAGGCACGUGGCCCAGAGAGUGGAGGCUCUUGAAGCAGCUGCAAAAUCCAGCAGCUGGGAGACAAAGGGGAAGGAGCCCAACGUCACCACCAUCUACAUGAUGGUGGGAACGGCUGGGCAGGACCCCAAGGCGGAGGGGGGUGGCGAGGGACCAGUCCAGGCUGUGCUCAAGCGGCUGGGCAGCUUACAGAGGGGCAAGUGGGCUGCAAAGGAGGAGACUAAGGUGAGGAGGAGCAUCGAGGCUAUCCAGAAACCGCCCCGCCAGGCCCUGGCGCAGCGCAGAGACUCAGUGAAUAGCUGCAAGCAGAGGGAGAGCAUCCCAGGGGCUCCUGCUGAGCCGUCCCCUGGCAAACAACAGCAUCUCCCUGGGAAGAGGCUGUCCUUUCUUCUCGCAUCUCCCUCACCGAAAAGCACCAAGGCCCAGGAUGGGGCUGGUGAUGCCCUGGGUGCCAUAGAGAAGGGCAAAAGCCCUGAGUUAGUCCUCAGCCUCGAAAUGAAGGGACAGGCUGCCCCGGAGGAAGAGCCAAAAUAUGAGAACGUGACCAGCAGCAGUGCCGAUUCGCCGCCCGGCCCUGCCGUGGAGCUGCCGGCCACCCCCAUGGCCACCUGA